UGCACUCGGCUGUCUCUCUCUACUCGGGGGCCUUUCUGAGGCAGCAUAACUCUGCGCUUGCGGGGAGACACCUGCGCCCACAGACUACCACACACAGUUAACGGGCAAGAGUAUUGAAGUCGCGGGCUGCUGUCAUUUUCGCUUUCCAUAAGUUGUGGUAAUGUUAGGAAGCGCGAAGUCACCGGCCACCAGCUCCAGGGAGGAGGGGAGGGCGAUGGAUCCCGGCAGAAGGCUCGGGCUGGACAACGAGGACAUACGCGUGAUGAUGCAGGGCUCCAACAUGAUGAAAGUUCGAUCUUCGAGGUGGCAGAAGAGCCGAAACCUGCGGCUGCUGGAGGACGGCCUCACCGUGUGGUGCGAGUCCACCAAGAGCUCCCGCAAAGCCAAAGCCCGGCAGACAUUCGCAGUGACAGAAGUGGAGUGUGUGCGUGAAGGCUGCCAGUCCGAGGCGCUGAGGCGUCUGACCGGGUCGGUGCGAGAGGACCAGUGCUUCACGGUGGUCUUCAAGGGAUCCAGGAAGAGCCUGGACCUGGUGUGCCCCUGUGAGGAUGAAGCUCAGCGCUGGGUGCGAGGGCUCCGCUCUUUAAAGCACCAUGUGGCCAACAUGUCUCAGAAGGAAAAGCUGGAUCAUUGGAUCCGAGGCUACCUGAAGCGAGCGGAUCAGAACCAGGACGGCAAGAUGAGCUACGACGAGGUCAAACGGCUGCUCCAGAUGAUCAACAUUGACCUGAGUGAGCAUUAUGCCCGCUCUUUAUUCAAGAGGUGUGACCGAUCCGGUGACAGCCGCCUGGAUCACAUAGAGAUUGAGGAGUUCUGCAGGGAGCUGCUGCGACGGCCUGAGCUGGACGCCGUGUUCAGACACUAUUCCAGUAACGGUUGUGUGCUCGCCACUGCUGAGCUGCGCGACUUCCUGGGAGACCAAGGAGAAGACGCCUCACUGAAUCACGCUCAAAAGCUCAUCCUCACCUAUGAGCUCAAUGACUGGGCUCAGAAGAACCAGUUCAUGACGCAGAAUGGUUUCACCAUGUACAUGCUGUCCCGGGAGAACGAUGUGUGUAUCCCCGACCACGCCAGAGUCCACCAGGACAUGAGCCGCCCUUUGUCCCACUACUUCAUCUCCUCGUCGCACAACACUUACCUUACCAAGGACCAAGUGACCAGUGCCAGCAGCACUGAGCCCUACAUCAGGGCUCUGAAUCAGGGCUGCCGCUGUGUGGAGCUGGACUGCUGGGAUGGAGAUAAAGGUGAACCUGUCAUCUGCCACGGCCACACUCUCACCUCCAAAGUGCCUUUCAAGGUGGUCAUUGAAACCAUCGCCCAGUACGCCUUCAAGGCGUCCCCAUACCCUCUAAUCCUGUCCUUGGAGAACCAUUGUUCUGUGGAGCAGCAGGUUGUCAUGGCCCAACAGCUCCGCACCAUCCUGGGCAGCAAACUUCUCACUCAGCCCCUCAGCUCCAAGCCACUGAAGGAUCUUCCUUCUCCUGAGGAGCUAAAGGGGCGUAUUCUGGUAAAAGGGAAGAAGCAUAUUCCUUAUCUGGGCCAGCUUGGUAAUAAUGGCAGCUUUGCCAGCUUCUCCUCAAGCUCUGAUGAUGAAUUAGCAAGCGGCAAUAAGAACACACCCAAGAAGGAUCCUGCAAAGGUCUGUUCUAAACUGAGCCCAGAGCUAUCAGAGCUGGUGGUGUACUGCAGAAGUGUCCCCUUCCGUGGGUUUGAAAAUGUACCUGAAAAACCUCCAAAUGAAAUGUCCUCCUUCUCUGAGAGCGAGGCCCUCAGGCUCAUCAAAGACGCGGGGAAGCUUUUUGUGAGACACAACAGCAGGCAGCUGAGCCGGAUCUAUCCCUCUGGCCAGCGCCUCCAAUCAUCCAACUAUGAUCCUCAGGAAAUGUGGAACUGUGGCUGCCAGAUGGUGGCUCUGAACUUCCAGACACCCGGGGAGCAGAUGGACCUGAACCAGGGUCGCUUCCUCCCCAAUGGUCGCUGUGGAUACAUCCUCAAACCGAGCUUCCUGUGCAGCCCCACGUCCAACUUUAACCCAGAGAACACAGGAGGAGGCCCCGGUCACGUCCCCACCCAGCUGACUAUACGGAUAAUAUCUGCGCAGCAGCUGCCAAAAAUCAACAUAGAGAAGGCUAGCUCCAUUGUGGACCCACAAGUGUGGGUGGAAAUUCAUGGGGUGGCGAUUGAUAAUGCAAGAAACAAAACACACCGCAUUGACAACAAUGGCUUUAACCCUCGAUGGGACUGCACCCUGAGCUUCCAGCUGCAGGUCCCUGAGCUGGCCCUGGUGCGGUUUGUGGUGGAGGACCACGAUCACACUACCAAAAAUGACUUUGUGGGGCAGUUCACCAUACCCUUCACAAGCCUACGGACAGGGUAUCGACAUGUUCAUUUAUUGAAGGCAGAUGGCUCCAGUCUGUCCCCCGCCACACUCUUCAUCCAUGUCAAAGUAGCCCGCAGAGGAGUUCCCAUGAAAUCUGUGUCCGAGCGUAUUGCCGCCGCCAAAGGCAAAGCAUGACGUGGAUCUGAACUGGAUGGAAAGCUGCAUUUUCUGACAACAAAGGGCUUUGGAGAAGGAGCUCUGAAUGUGAGGACAGAGAGAGAGAGAGAGAGACUACUGCUGCUGCCAUCCGGUCUCCCAAUCCAGACCUCAGACCUGGUCCAAUUUACACUGAGCCACUUCCCAAUGCAGGAAGAAAGAUGUCGUUUAUCAGAGAUGAAGAAGCUCGCUGGCUCUUAGCAAAUGAAUUGCCUCGGGCUGGAUAAUGAAUCCAUGAUCCACUGUGGGGGUGUUUGGUCUUGUCAGUGCUGAGUGCUCUGGAAACAGGGCACUGAGGAUUGUGGUUCCUGGAACACACUGAUAGUGGAUUUGUCACAAAAUUAACCUUAAUAUUGUUAAUAUGUAGAUUAUUCCUUAAUCUGUUAGACAUUUCUACACUUAAGUAUUAAGUUAACUUUAAAAAUGAUAACAAAAAAUUUACUUAACUGAGGCUGCGUCAUAAAUGUUAGAGGUAGGAAAACAAGCAUGACAGGCUGUGAUCAUAAAAUGCUAAAUGUUAAUUUACAAAUAAUUAUUUCAGCAUUAGUUGUGAUGUACAACAAAUGUAAUAAUGUUUUACUGAUUGUCACCAGUGCUGUUCUUCAUGAAUGUUGAACAAAAGGAAAAGUUUUUUUCAGAUUGUCUUACCUGAUCGUACAGAUACUUGGCACUUUUAAUUUCUCUCUGGAGAAAGAAUUUAUUUUCUGAGAUAAAUGACAAUAUAUUUCCGCAAUUUACGAACAAGCUUGAAAUAUAAACAGUAUUAACUUACAGAUAGAUGUUUACUUAUGUUCUCAAACAUUUCAAUUGUAUUUGCCUCAUCAGGCAGUCAGUCAAAUUGUGUUUGACUUUUAAAGAUAUUUGCUUCCAGGCACCUUGACAACCCUGCACAAUCAUUUCUGUUGCCACUUCUUGUACUUACAUUCAAAUAAAAAAAAUGUGGUUAAACACUAAUUAUAACAAUCUGAUACAACCACCAGUUACUGUAGGCUGCAGUGAAUCAUUCAAUACUCUUAUAGGGAUGUUCCCUGAUAAUAAAACGGUGCAGUAAUGAAAGGUGCUUCGCAUGGAUUACUGUAAUUACAGUAUAUAUGAUUAGAAUGGGUUUUACAAGCAUUUAACAAUUGGUGAGUGAAGUAUGACUUUGCAGUUUUAAAGCUUAUAGGCUAUGUUGUGUGAAUGUCAGUUGAUAUUGAAAAUACUGUUUUCAUAAAAGCACUAAUAAUA